AUGAACAAACAAUUAGGAUACAGAUCAUGGACUAUAAAGGAAAUAAUAGAAAAUAUUAGACCACUAACAGUCACAAAAGAAAUUGUAGGACAUAAAAAAGAAGCCAAAGAAAAAUCAGACUUUGAACAAAUUUUCAGAGAAACCACCCAAGAAAGGGAAAAUAAGAAAAGAAGAAGAGAGCAAAAUAGAACUUCACAAAAGAAUUAUAAAGAACAACAAAGUAAAUACAUUGAAAGAAUGGAAAAGAUAAUUGAAAAAUACAAAGAAAGGUUCAAAGAAAUUGAAGAAAAAAUUGAAAGUCUAGUAAAAGGAGAACCAGUAGAAACAGGUAGCACUCGAGAAAAAGAGACUCAAACUGAAGAAAAAAUAUACACUCAAAAAGAAGUUGAUACAAUAAUAUGGAGAACAAGGCAAUUUACCAAAAUAUACGAAAAAGAGAUACAAAAAAUAGAGAUACAAAGAGAACAAGACAAAAAAGAUGAAAAGGAACUGGCAAUAAUACUGGAUAUUCUGAAUAAUGAUAUUGUCAGUUAA